AAAGGAUUCCAAGUCUCACACUCUGCAACCUGCACCAAACCCACAGCCGCGUAGACACCGUCCAGCUCCCGCCAUGUCCUGUCGCUCCUACAGGAUCAGCCCAGGAUGUGGAGUUACCAGAAACUUCAGCUCCUGCUCAGCUGUGGCCCCAAAAACUGGCAACCGCUGCUGCAUCAGCGCAGCUCCCUUCCGAGGAGUGUCUUGCUACCGGGGAUUGACAGGCUUCAGCAGUCGAAGCCUCUGUAACCCGAGCCCCUGCGGGCCACGCAUGGCUGUUGGGGGCUUCCGCUCUGGCUCCUGUGGACGCAGCUUUGGAUACCGAGCUGGAGGCGUCUGUGGUCCAAGCCCACCCUGCAUCACCACCGUCUCUGUCAAUGAGAGCCUGCUCACCCCCCUCAACCUGGAGAUCGACCCCAAUGCUCAGUGCGUGAAGCAUGAGGAGAAGGAGCAGAUCAAGUGUCUGAACAGCAAGUUCGCGGCCUUCAUCGACAAGGUGCGCUUCCUAGAGCAGCAGAACAAACUGCUGGAGACCAAGUGGCAGUUCUACCAGAACCAGCGCUGCUGUGAGAGCAAUCUGGAGCCACUAUUUGGAGGCUACAUAGAGACCCUCAGGCGGGAGGCUGAGUGUGUGGAGGCCGACGGCGGGAGGUUGGCUGCUGAGCUCAACCACGUGCAGGAAGCCAUGGAGGGCUACAAGAAGAGGUAUGAAGAGGAGGUGGCUUUGAGGGCUACGGCAGAGAACGAGUUUGUGGUUCUAAAGAAGGAUGUGGACUGCGCCUACUUACGUAAAUCGGACCUGGAGGCCAACGUGGAGGCCUUGGUGGAGGAGUCAAGCUUCCUGAAGCGUCUCUAUGAAGAGGAAGUCCGUGUUCUCCAAGCCCACAUCUCAGACACCUCCGUCAUCGUCAAGAUGGACAACAGCCGGGACCUGAACAUGGACUGCGUCGUGGCUGAGAUCAAGGCUCAGUAUGAUGACGUCGCGAGUCGCAGCCGUGCAGAGGCUGAGUCCUGGUACCGCACCAAGUGUGAGGAGAUGAAGGCCACAGUGAUCCGGCACGGGGAGACCCUCCGCCGCACCAGGGAGGAGAUGAACGAGCUGAACCGCAUCAUCCAGAGGCUGACGGCUGAGAUCGAGAACGCCAAGUGCCAGCGAGCAAAGCUGGAGACUGCUGUGGCUGAGGCAGAGCAGCAGGGAGAGGCCGCCCUCACCGAUGCCCGCGGCAAGCUGGCUGAGCUAGAGGCUGCCCUGCAGAAGGCCAAGCAGGACAUGGCCUGCCUGCUCAAGGAGUACCAGGAGGUGAUGAACUCCAAGCUGGGGCUGGACAUCGAGAUCGCCACCUACAGGCGCCUGCUGGAGGGCGAGGAGCACAGGCUAUGCGAGGGUGUGGGCUCUGUGAAUGUCUGUGUCAGCAGCUCCCGUGGAGGAGUCACAUGUGGGGGCCUCACUUAUGGCACUACCCCAGGGCGCCAGAUUGCCUCUGGACCCUCUGUCACCGGGGGCAGCAUCACAGUGAUGGCCCCUGACUCCUGCUCUCCUUGCCAGCCCCGUGCCUCCAGCUUCACCUGUGGGAGCAGCCGCUCUGUGCGCUUUGCUUAGUGCCAGGACCUCCAAAUGAGCCACCUGUCUGCCCCAGAGUGGAGUGGUGUGUGAAUGGAAAAUGUGUGCUUGCUUGAGAAUCUUCUAGAUGCUCCUGUUAGAGGAAAGAGUUCAGGGCCACUCUCCUCUGCCUUCUCCUUUUAGGGAGUUGUCUCCCAGUUCUCCUCUGGCUUUACUUUAGAAGGUCAUUCAUUCCCAACCCGUCCCUUAACCCUAACAUGUCUUCAAAUACUUGUAAAUGAUUUGUAUCGUUCACCAAGCUC